AUGAUUCUAGUUUGUUGCUGGUAUUCAGGCCUGUACUUCGAUCUGAUCUUCAUUGCAGUUAUCAAAUUGUUCAGUCAUCGGGACCGACCACUGAAGACUUACUCGAAGUACAUGGAAUACACCGUCGACAUCUAUCUUGUAGAAAAAACCGCAGCGAACAAAUACGGGAAGAAUGGUUUUGAAACCCGGGCAAAAAAGAUUCAUUUUUUGAAACCGGACCGGGCCUUGACAACUAAGAUGUUUCUGUGGAUGAGAAAGUUGAAUCCAACUGUCAUUGUGUGCCAUCAGACUCUCGGAAAAGUCAGAAGAAGCAGUAAGAAGGAAAGGUUCUUGAACGUCAAUGUCAGUCGUAUGGAACCUCGGGAUGACGAAUUUUGUACUAGAAACAGGCUGUUAUGUCUCAUGGAAGAUGGAACAAGAAUAGGAGAACGAGCUAAGACGAUCAACACAAACAUCAGCAAAAAUGCACCAAGGCGUCCUUAUGCGAUACCAGUUUCUCGUACUGGAAAUCGAAAACUUCCUCCAAUAAAAAAUCCUCCGGGAUACGCCUUGCAUAUUCGAAAUGCCGCUAGCGAAAGACCCGGUACACUUCUUCUUCUUCUUAAGACUCAACGGACUCCACCUCCGUCUACAGGGAGAAACGGGAACCAAAUAUCUCCUAAAUAUAUCAGACUCGAUUCUGAUCGAGAUGAAGAUGAACCUGUUAUCAAAAAACCACGGAAGGUUCUCAAAAUUGAUUUGACAAAGCAGAACAAGCAAACUCAAGAACCAUUGGAGUCAGAGUUCCAUAAAAAUGCGGAGUCUAAGAAGGAAGGAAUUCAAAACGGUGUUCUUAUCGCGCCUACUCUGCGAGUCCCUCAUUCAUCUGAAUAUGGCUUUGAGUCUCAGCCCAAACCAUCUGAGGGCCAAGAACCUGCAAAUGAUCUGUCGUUGGAAAAGUUGAUGCAUAGGAUAACAACAAGGUUAUCCAUUCAUCAACACCAGUUGAAAGUAUCGUGGAGGAAGAAACCACAACAACCAGGUUCAAAUAUCGCUGACGUUGUUGACGAGCAUCGUUUCGAAGAAAAAUGA